UUUAGCCUCUUCCCACCACGGCCCCCCUUCCCAGCCGCACCCGGUCUUCAGCCUCUCCACAGUCGUCACCGCUGCGCCGCAGCUAUCCUCAGCGCAACCUCCUCCUCUUCCUCCGCCGCUACUCUUGGGAUAAUUGUUAAACGAUCUUUGAAGGAAAAGCUAAGAUGUCUAGGUUCCGUGCAAUGUGGCAAGCUUCUUUAAAUGUCACGAAGAGAGCUAUCAGAUGGAAUUUGGAGGACUUGAUUCCUCCUGCUGAAAGGAACAUUUUCAGUUUUAACUCAAAGGAGGAGCUAAAAAGGUGGCAUCUCUAUUCUGAUUCUGAAUAUGGAGGUCUGUCCUCAGCUUCUCUAGAGAUCAAGGAUGUUGAAAAUGGACUAAAAGGCAUUUUCUCUGGAAACUUGUCCCUUGAAUUAAGUGAAAACUCAAAAUGGAAUAUCAGCAGGGGUGGCUUUUGCGGAAUGCGGUCUAAAAAGUUCAACGGUUUUAUUGACUUGGAUGGAUAUGAUGUUAUAUCCCUAAAACUAAGAGGUGAUGGGAGAUGUUAUAUAUCUACUAUUUAUACAGAGAAUUGGGUAAAUUCACCAGGCCAGGAGGAAGAUAAUUCCUGGCAAGCUUUUGUUCAUGUGCCUAAAGGCAAUUGGUAUAUCGCCAAGAUUCCUCUUGCUCGAUAUUUGCCCACAUGGAGGGGAAACGUUAUAGACUCGAAUCUUGAAAUGAAUCCAGCCCGGGUUGUUGGAAUGUCUCUAUCUGUUAACGCAGAGGGUGGAGUACCAGGAGCCACAUCUGGCCCUGGCGACUUUCGGGUGGAGCUUGAUUGGAUAAAGGCCUUGAGAGCAGAAUAUUAAAAUACGAUACAUACAUGAGUCCAAAUGUGUAUUUUAAGUUAUUACUUCAUAAUUGUUCAUCAAAAGCAACUCCCUUUUGUUUGUUUGGGAUUAGGUAUUGCUGAAUAAAGAAAGUGAUCUUUCUUUCUAGUUGCCAUAAUUUGGAGUUUAACCACUUAUUGGAAUGGUCAUCAUGUGAGCAGUUGGGGAAGAAAUAGAGAAAUUUGAUUAAUUUGUAAACACCAUGUUUGUGAAAUUUUUAAUCUGGAUAUGAAUUCAGAUAAGAUUUUAUUUGAAAUUGAAUAAAGUGAGACAUUUGGUCUA